AUGCAGAACGUGAGUCUCAGUCGCCGGCGCGAGCACGUCGCGCGUCAUGGGCUGUCCAUGCUGUCGCUCUACAACGAGGCGCCGCGGGUCGAAGUGUCGCUUGAGCAGUUCGAAGAGUUUGCCAUUGACCGGCUGCACGUGCUGAAGGCCGUCGAGAACUACCGACUGCGCAGCGUGCAGAUGAAAGACCGCGAGGGGCGACUGGACAAGACGCUGAACAAGCACCUGCCGCUGCGCGCAGCUGCGUCUCGACGCGCUGGGCAGACGGAAGACGAUACAGUGAAAGACGUGCUGUCGCACUUUUUUCUGCGCAUGGCGUUCUGCCAGACCGAAGAGCUGCGUCGGUGGUUCCUGACGCAGGAGAGUACGUUAUUCCGGUAUCGUCUGGACAAAUUGACGAGAGACGAAAAGAUUCUGUUUAUGAAGCAGAACGGUCUGUCGUACGAAGAGGCGACGAUAAAGGAGAUUGAAGCCAAGUUGAGCAAGCUAAAGGCCGUGCGAGAUGCUAAUGAUCCGAAGGUCCGCGGUCAACCUCUGCCAUCGUACUUCAAGGUCCCUUUCACAGAGGCAUUGGACCUGGUUGGCACUCGACGAGUGUACAUCGAGGCUGGCACGGCGUACGUGCCCUUCGAACACGUCGUGUCGAUUCUGUUCGCUGCUUUCCGUGCCAACCUUUCGAAAGAGUUGUCGGGCGCUUUUCGCAAGUACAAUCGGUCGCUGAUAAGCAAGGACGACCGCCUCGCGCCAGUGUUGACGAACUUGGCCAAGCACCACAUUGACGCAGACUACUCGUCGACGCCUGUUUUUGGCUCGGAGAAUGCAAUUCGACCCGACAUGAUUGACUCACUUGCAUCUACAUCGAUGCCCCUGUGCAUGCGGUCCCUUCACAAAGGUCUGAAGCUGAACCACCAUUUGAAGUUUGCAGGGCGGCAACAGUAUGGGCUGUUUCUGAAAGGUAUCGGACUUCAGCUCGAUGACGCCAUUGCUUACUGGAAGCAGGAGUUCUGCAAGAAGAUGUCGGUGGAUGACUUCAACAAGAAGUACGCAUACAACAUACGUCACAACUACGGCAAGGAAGGCAAACGCAAGGACUACGCACCUCCUAACUGCAUGCGCAUCAUCACUGGCGAUCCGCCAAAAAACGGCGACAAUCACGGCUGUCCGUUCCGUCAUUUUGAGCAAGAGCACCUCCGCAAGGCGUUGCAAGGAGUGCCGGAAGGAGACAAGACCGAGAUCCUGUCGCUGGCUGAAAAUCAUCACUACCAGAUCGCCUGCAAGAAGUACUUUGAAGCUACGCAUCCCGGCAGUGACCCUGACGUCCUCAUCAACCAUCCGAACGGGUACUUCGAGGAAAGCCGCAAGCAUUACGCGGCCAAAGAGAAGGGAGCCACAGCCGUAGCUCACUAG